CUAAAAUAAAUAUUUCAAAAAUCUUCAUUACACUAUCCUCAAAAUUUUAAAUCUUUAGAAAAAUAAUGUCUUUAUGCUCUAACUCCUCUUCGUUCGAUCUUAGUAUCCUAGAUGGGGACCUGGACCAGGACCAGGACCUGGACCUGGACCUGGACCUGGACCUGGACCUGGACCUGGACGAUGAAUAUGAACCUCAUCCUUUCGAUAUUCUACUUCAAAGGAACCGUAAAAAGAAGCGCACUAAAAAGAAGAAGCACAAACGAAAAAUCACAAAAGGUAAAAAAAAAAAAAAAGUAAAACCAAAAAAAACAGAAGAAUCUGAGCCUGGUAAGACUGAGACAGCUCCAGUUCCAGCUCCAGCUCAAGUUCCAGCUCCAGCUCUAGCUCCAACUACAAUUCCUACUCCAGCUCCAGCUUCAGCUAAAAUUUUACACAGACCUCCACCUCCAUUUCCGUCCUCACUUGAUGAAGAACCACACGACGUAGAAGUUGUAAAUGAAGAAGAGAAAGUAGUAGUUGAAGCAGUAGAAGAAGAUUUUUUAUUAGCAGCAAAGGAUGAGGGCCCAGAGCCCGUCGGCAUUAUUUCAAUCUUGAUGAAACGCCGACGCGAUAAAAAAAUAGAAGAGCGGAAAUUACCACCACCGCCGCCUUCUAUAACUGCUGAAGAAGAAUCUACUGCUUCAAAGGAAGUUUCACAACCAGCAGUCCUUAUUGGAGCACCCAAGCCCAAACCACCAAAAUUUAUUAAUUGCAGAUUUAAUAAACCUGGGCCUGGCCAUUAUAAUUACUAUUCGUGUAUCGGAUAUGUGGGACACGAUCCGACGAAAAAAAAAGCACCAAACUUCAGCUUUGGGCUAAGAACAAAGAUUCCAGAAAAACGAACAAUAACGCCUGGCCCAAAGUACAAUCUCAGAGAUUUCACGUCGAGGGGAAAAGUAAAACCAAUGUCUUUCACCUUCGAAAAGAAGAGACCCCUCCCUCCUAUAGAAAUAACACCAGGCCCUGGACACUACAAAGAUCAAACAAUGUAUAUAGCACCUAGGUCAAAAAGUGCUUAUUUAUAUGGCCGUCGGGAAGACAAAAAACGCUUUGAAACACCCGUGGCGGUAGGAGAACUAACAUACAUGGGAAACAACCGACCUGCUGCCUAUUUGGUUGGAAAGCCUAUAUCACCCAAACCAUUUAGUUAUCCGUCACCGCUAUCCUAUGCCCCUGUCAAGAACGACGUCUUCCUGACCAAAGCCCCCUCGUUCUCCAUGGGCUACAAUAGACAGCCAUCUAACAAAAGUACCGCCAUGUUCCCAACGGUAGGAACAUACAAUCCUAACUAUGACUACUUCCUGAAAAAACGGAACGUCAUUAUACCGACCAGUACCGGAAGUUGUUUACGGGUUCCGAUGGACUUACCAGAGAAGCGCAAGAAAACAAACUACCAAUGAACCCAUAUUUUGAUCAAUAAAC